AAGACAACGAUAGGGGAAAAGUUAACGCAAUUAAAAAAAGCGACAAAUAAAACAGGAACAACAAAUUGCAGAUAAUCGCUAAAACAUUGACGAAAAAGCGUGAGUCAUUUGGUGGGCCAGGGUAGAGAGAAAGAGCUUUCGUGUCAGUAUGGCGGAUCCCGCAAAAGAAGCCGCACCGCCAAGCUACGAAGAAGUCAUGAAUGCCUCAUCGCAGGAUGCUCGCCUCAUUGCGGGCGUACAUCAUGGACUGCCAACGGCACCGCCCCCCAACAUGCACAUGCCCACAUACGGUGCAUUCGAGACGACGCCCGUUAGCGUGGUCAUCCAGCCGCCGCAGGUGGCGCUGCCCACGGAGAUCAUAGUGAUUGGAGGCUGUCCAUCCUGUCGCAUUGGCUACCUGGAGGACACAUUUUCGGCGCUGGGACUAUGCUGCGCCAUCUUCUUCUUUCCCGUGGGCAUACUCUGCUGCCUGGCAAUGAAGGAGAAGCGCUGCACCAAUUGUGGGGCAGUGUUCUGAAGGGAAAGGAGACCAUUCGUUGAAAAUCCAAGAAGGAUUUACUUGUUUUACAGUUACACACACAUGACCUAUAUAUUCCUUAAACACACACAGCCACGGACAGACACACACACAUAUACACAUUGGAAGGACGGAUUUUGAUAUCACAAAAGCGAAACUCUUCGUACGUUUUAUUAUUGUUAAUCGUUAGACUAGAACACACAAAUCAUUAAAUAUUGUAUGUAAAUAAUUAUGAA